AUAACAACAAAACAUACCUCUGUAGCUACCCAGCAGCAGCUAGCAAAGCCAGGCGCACUCCUUCUCUGUAGAAGCACACUUCCAGUAACAGGAGUGAACACAGGGCGCUGCUAAUGGGGGACUAGACACUCGGACCUAAGUUCUCCGAGGUCAACCAGGACUAAUUCGUUGUUGUUUUGGGCGUCAUAUAUAUAUAUAUCGUGUGUGUGCAAUGGCCUCAGAAGAGAUGGAGGGCAUCUGCGUGAUGCCAGAUGUGACUGGCAUCAAGACUGAAGGCGCACCUGACGACCCCAACGCGCAGAAUGUCGCCAUGGGCAUCAAGUUCAUCCUGCCGAACCGUUUCGACAUGAACGUGUGCUCGCGCUUCGUCAAGUCGCUGAACGAAGAGGACAGCAAGAACAUUCAGGACCAGGUCAACUCGGAUCUGGAGGUGGCAUCGGUCUUGUUCAAAGCGGAGUGUAACAUCCAGACGUCUCCGUCGCCGGGUAUCCAGGUGCGGCACGUCUACACGCCCUCCACCACCAAGCACUUCUCCCCCAUCAAGCAGUCCACCACACUUACCAACAAGCACCGUGGCAACGAGGUCUCCUCCACGCCCCUGCUUGUGCACUCUCUGUCCAUCCACCAGCUGGCUGCCCAGGGGGAGAUGGUGUACCUGGCCAGCCGCAUAGAGCAGGAGACCGUGAUUAACCUGCAGGACGAGGAGGGCUUCACUCCUUUGAUGUGGGCGGCGGCUCACGGCCAGAUAGCCGUGGUGGAGUUCCUGCUGCAGAACGGGGCAGACCCCCACCUCCUGGCUAAGGGGCGAGAGAGCGCCCUGUCGCUGGCCUGCAGCAAGGGAUACACCGACAUCGUCAAGAUGCUCAUUGAGUGCGGAGUAGACGUCAACGAGUACGACUGGAAUGGAGGUGCUCCGAUACUUUAUGCUGUCCAUGGAAAUCAUGUGCGCUGUGUGGAGAUUCUCCUAGAGAGUGGAUCUGACCCCACCAUGGAGUCGGACUCGGGCUUCAAUGCGAUGGACAUGGCCGUGGCUAUGGGACACAGACACGUUCAACAGGUGAUGGAGGCCCACCUACUGAAGCUGCUGCAAGGAAUUAAAGAGUAAUGAAGAGGAGAGAGGAAGAGACAGAGCAAGAGACAAGGAGGAGGAGGCAACAAUCAAUAUGGACAUACACAUCUAAAAGGGGCUAUGGAUGGAUGGAUGAACGGAUAGAAAAAUUGAGGGACAGAUGGACAUGAAUGGAUGGCAAGCUGAAAAUGAAGAGUGUCAUGGAUUGAUGGACUAAUGAGUGAAUGAAUGAAUGAAUGAAUGAAUGAAUGAAUGAUGGAUAAAUGGAUGUCUGGAUGGACUGAUGAAGCUCCCACAAAGACAACAAAUGGUCGCACAGACAGACACUGUAUGGAGGAGUUUCAUUCUGCAUGUUUACGUGUGCUCACGACAAGCACCCAGUCAUGCUGAGGUGAGGUGGUGCCACUGAUUUGUCCUCUCCAGGAAUGACUGGUUAUUAUUUAUAAUAUUUAAAAAAAUGUGUCAAGGAAGGGACAAAUGAUCCUCAAGCAUUAGACAGUUUUGUUUUUGUGUAUUGUUAUUUUAUUUCGUGUUGAUUGUUUUUCGACUGAGCAUAUAGUUAUGUGGCGGGUGUGGAAAAAUAUGUGGCCUAGUGCCAAAACCAGCCAAAUUCAUCAAGUAGUGCGUCUCCCCAUUUAUUGGGGAAGCUGACGGGGUAGUCAGUCACUAAACUAUAUAAUUGAAACCACCACCAGUACUUAUCUAGUUUUGUGUGUGAUGAACAGGGUAUUCUGGAAAGGUUAAACAGGAUGUGUCAACUAGGAGUGGUAAAUCUACGGCUGUAUCUCAAAUGGUGCACUUGCGCACUUUAGUGUUCAUUUUUCAGUGCACAUGCCGUAUUAGUUACACACUGAAACAUAGUGCCCGAAGUGCACAAGUGCACCAUUUGAGAUCCAGCCUACUACUUAGCAGAAAAACGAUUUGACUUUGUUUUUGCUAGGGGAAGCUAACACGGUAACACUUUCAUUUUUACCUGUCGUCAGUGUAUCUCCAUGUAUCAGCCUGUGAAGCUAUGUAAUUAUAUUACACAGUCCAUACCAAGCCCUAAGGUGCAUUGCAAGUACAUAAUGUUAAAUACUUUGUUCCACUAUACCGAAUUGAUAUAACUGGCAGGGUGGACCGUAAAAUAAAGAGUAACCAUUACCACUUACUAAGGGUAACUGGGUGUUACAUGUAGCCUAAACCACCUGUGCCCCAAGUCAUGUGGGGGUCAGCCUCUCUAUGCCCUGUUCCUUCAGAUGAAGGUUCAUGCGUCACCUGUGCGUAGUCUUGCCUUCCAUCAAAUCUGAAGGAAACAUUUUUUAAAACUAUUUUUAAAUACCAAACCACUGAUGCUUGACCAAGCAGGUUAUUCAUUGUGUGAUUAUUUAUUUGUAUGUGCAGUGGAUGUGUUCAUUGUGAGAGAAGGGAUGUGACCAGAAAAAAAGAGGUAGUUGAUAAAUGAGUGAAUUGAAGUCGUUGAUGCGUGCCAAAAUUACUAGCUUAAGUCAGAUUGGCCUCUUUCAGAUGGCAAAUAUUUCCUAGUAAUUGAUUUUAACAUGCUGAAAUGACUGGGGCUGCUUUAUCCGUCAGAAUAAACAUCCGAUUACCAAAAGGUGAUUGUGUUUGCUUUAGUCAUUUAUUUUCCCCAUCAAUGAGUAGCUGAUUCACCACUUUACUCCACUGCUAAUAGAUAUGAAAGGUAAUUUAAUUUGACAAAAGCAGAUGGCUUACUGAAAUGACUAAUAUCACUACUGGAAAUAUAAUAUUUUGAGCCAUACUUAGGAGUGGGUAAGAUGUAGCAAGCAGGUUCUGCCUCUGCAUUAAGCAGAUUCGCACUACUAGCAUACACACUGCAGAACAAUCAUUACUUUGACAAUUUGCAGAAUAGCUAACCAUGAACCCCUUCAUCCCUUAAAAAUGACUAUUCAAUGAGUGUGAUUUAAAAUGAAGCCAUCAUUUGGCACAUCAUCACCAAUCGCCCAAAGCUGCGGUUACUGCCACAAAAGAUUUCCCAUACCACUGACCCGCCCUCACUCUUCCCAGCUGAAGAACUCAACACAGUCACUGCAUGGUAUGGAGGGUAUUUGAUAGCAAACAUUUUAUUCCAGGUAUGCGUGUACUUAUAUUCAUGGCUGCAAAGGAGUAGCUUUCAGUAACACGGGAGAAACAGCCAGGUUCAGCUCGCGACCGUCACACACACCUCCACCUUCCGGCUCUGACGAGGGACGCGUACACACACAUCUCUCUCACACACAUUCAAACAUUCGCGCUCACACACACGCACAUACAUACAUUCGCACACCUCCACCUCUUCAGACAGGCAAACGGGGCCCAAAGCAGCAGAGGGUUACCCGGAGGAGUUUUGAGAAGGAGGGGGUGAGGUGAGCGAACAAUUAUUUUGAAAAAAAGAAUGAAAAAAAAAAUAAAA